UCCCAGAAGCAACUGGCAGGAGCAACUGGCUAUCUUCCACCUUCUACAUUUGCCACACCCCACAAAAGAGGCUGGAGCCUCCUGCACUCAUCUAGAUAAAUGAACUAGGCUGUGUCAAAACCCAUCACUGCACCCAGGAGCUGCCCCAGCUGUGAUUCGGUCUCCUGGACUUUCCAUAAAGACUCUUCUUGCCAGGUACCAGGACAAACCUACUAUGGAAAACUAUCCAGGAGACACCAGAUUUGGAGUAAGAAGCAGUGCUCAGACCGGGAAGGUGUCCGACUUGAGCCAGCAGGUAUGGAUCCUUCGUGGUCAGAGCCUUGUGGCAGUUCCACAGAACAACAACGUCACCCCAGUUACCAUCGCUGUCCUCCCGUGCAAGUAUCCAGAGUCUCUUGAGCAGGGCAAAGGGAUUCCCAUUUACCUAGGAAUCCAGAAUCCAGAUAAAUGCCUGUUUUGUGAGGAAGUUGAUGGACAGCCCACUUUGCAGCUCAAGGAGGAGAACAUUUUGGAUCUGUACAACAAUCCUGAGCCCGUGAAACCCUUCCUGUUCUACCACACCCAGACCGGAACAACAUCCACCUUUGAGUCCGUGGCUUUCCCUGGCAGUUUCAUUGCCUCCUCCAAGAAUGGCCAGCCCAUCUUCCUCACGUCAGAACAGGGGAAAUAUCACAACAUUAACUUCAAUUUAGUUUUAGGGCCUUAAACUCAGCAUAGAGGCAGAGGGUUGGUUAGAAAUUGUCUUAAAAUUUUUAUUUGAUCUGUGGAGUUUUUAUACUGAGAGGUGAGCAGGACCAGCAUUAUCUCAUUUCAUAGAUGAAGGAGCAAUAAGGCAGAAUAUGUACUCCAAAGUAGGUGGAAUGGGAGCGGUGUAAGGCUGUCCUCUGAGGCUGAAGUGGUCCAACCCACAAGGCAUCAUGCCUGAGAAAUCGUGCCACAGUGUAUAAAACCUGGAAUGCCCUAUGAGUGGUGAUAUCCUUGUUUCCAAGCCAUUGGACUAAUUCAUACCAGAUUUUCACACACUUAUAAUAUCAAAUCCUUGCAUUUGGGUAGCAGAGACUUCACAAUAAUAUUCACUGCAAUGGCCAGUUGCUUUGAUCCUUUAGCAACUGACCUCUGUGUGGAGCUGGACACACUAGGAAAGGGUUUAGGUUCUUGGGUGAAUGAACAUUUUUAAAAAGCAACUAGAGCUAUGCAAAAUAUGUUGGGGUACAGCGGUUGCUCCUUGAAGAGUGAGAAUGCUUCCUGGCGAUUCAUAAAUAGCUAGAUCAAUUAACUUGGCUUGAGCAACCCUUUCUUGAAUCAUUCCAGUGGAGAUGAAUACUGAGAACAAUGUGUAUGAGUAAUAGUGCUUGUCAAUAAAACACUAACUUUUAUUAUUUUAACUUCCAUAAAUGUUUUAAUAUUCUUUCCAUUAUAAUGCACAUCUGUGGUUAACAGGAUUAGUAUCCCACCCUAGUCC